AUGCGCCUGCAUACGUCGUUUUCCUCCUUCGACGCUAUUUUUUUCGUUGUUUCGAUGAUCUCCUGGAGUUUAGCCGGACUAUAUGUUCAGGAUUCAAACUCGCCACGGUUAUGGCUGUUCCGUUCGUUUUNUGGAGGUUUACGCGGGUUCAUCCAGAUACUAAGUCGGCUGUUUCCUGUAUCUAGAGGUUUAACUCAUGCUUAUUGGGCUCCCAACCUCUGGGCCAUUUACAAUAUCAUCGAUCUUAUGCUGUAUCGUUUACUAUCACUGUGGAAGCCACAACUGUUCAUAGCUCCAACAUAUAGUUCUGGGCUAGUUCAGGAUCCGAAAUUCAUUAGAUUGGCUUUUCUCUUCUCCAUAAUUACUGCUACAUCUUUGUUUCCGUUACUUUUUACUUUGUUCGAAGUUCCGAUCAAAUAUUGCGCUUCAGCAACGUAUAUGGUGGUUUUGUUACUCAUGAUUAGACAUGUUUUUCGAAUCGACAUUCAGUCCCUGAUGAUAUUACCAACCCUGGUUUACGUUCUUGGCCUGCUAUUCAUCGAGUUUUAUGCUACGUUUUUACACCAGGCUUUGUUCAAAGCAAGUCUGGCUUUUCUUCCUUUGAUGAUGAUAUCAGUAUAUAACGCUGCUGGUGUUCUAUUUUGUUAUCUGUGGCUCAUUCUUUUGGUUUUUGAUGAUGAUAUUGGGGUGGCUUAUAAGAAGAAGCAUUGUGAGCUUAUUGAGGGUUUUAUUAGAGCAGGCCACUACCCUGUUCAAGCAGUGGAAUCACUCGAAGAAGUUGAAGUCGUCGGCGGUAUAGAUAUCUCUGCUUCUAAACACAACAAUGGUUUUGCAGUGGUGGCCUUCAGUAUUUUUGAAUAUCCAACUAUGCGUCCUUUGGCGAUUUUCGAUGAUGUUGUUGUGAUAACGGAACCGUACAUCACCGAUUAUCUCGCUGUACGUGAAGCGAAUCCAGUGGCAAAUUUUGUGAAUCAAGUUCUCACGGACUACCCUCAAUUCCGUCCGGAUGUCUUACUGUGUGACGGGAAUGGACAGUUUCAUAUAAGGAGUAAGGUUUGA